AUGAUGCUCCAACAAGAUCAGAUCACCAGGUCGACCGACUACGAUGCCCUCGCAUGCAGAUUUUCCUGUCUUCUAAAGAAUUAUCUGCAGGAUAGAUACCUCGAGGCCAUUAUUAGCGGGACCCUCAAAUACCAACUGCUGGCAAUUGACUCCGAAUACAAACGGCUGGCUGUGAGAAGACAGUUGAGUAAGCAGUUUUUUGGACUUUUUGAUGGGACCGGCAAGGCCAAAGUGACCUCAAAACAGCCCGUCGUCCUCAAGUCUCCCGUGAUUAACCGCGGGACAUGGAUCCGGACCCGUGCCAUCGAUCUUGUGGUGGACAAAUGGCUGGCUGCAAAGACCGCCACACCGGUGCAAAUUCUCAUUCUUGGCUGUGGAAGCGACACAAGGGGCAUGAGGCUGCUUGAGAACAAUAGCAAUUUGACCGUCGUCGAGAUCGAUUUCGAAGAAACGUGCAGAAUAAAAAAAUACAGUAUCUUGGACCAAGAACUGCUGAGGUCUACAGUUGGGGCCCAGCCAGAGCCCCUACCCACCACAGUUGAGCAAUUUAAUGCAUCUUCGGCAGCGCUGGACACGCCUCGGUACCAUUUGGUUCCGCUCGAUUUACGCCAGCUCAGUUCCAUGGCGCAAUUGCCAGCAGUUGACCCGUCAUUGCCUACUCUGGUUCUGAGCGAAUGCUGUGUCUGCUACAUGGAAGACGUUGAAAGCGAUCGUGUUUUGAGAUUUCUGCGCGAAAACCUCGCUGAGGCCGUUCUCGUUGUGUACGACCCAAUAGGCGGAGACUCGCAAGGCAACUACGGUGAGAUCAUGCUGAAAAACCUUUCAAUGCGCGGGAUUCAGAUGCCAUCGCUGCUGAAAUACUCCACCAUCGAAAAGCAGCACGAACGACUGCAAAAACUCGGUUUCGAGUCCACUAACGUGUCAGACCUAAGCUACAUAUACAGCCAUUGGAUAUCGGAGGACGAGCUGACCGCUAUCAACCGCCUGGAGCUGCUGGACGAGCUCGAGGAGCUUAACCUCAUCAACAGACACUACUGUCUGAUUGUAAGCUCGUGGGGCAGCCCAUGGCGUCUACCUCUGCCGUCGCAAAUCUGAAUUCUCGCACAGUUCGCAUAUAUACAUCUAUGACUCGUCAUCUAUAAUCGUUAAUCGUCAAUUGAUCAGUCGUUUGAGUCCACACCAUGCUGCGGCCACCAAGGUCAUUGCGCCAGCCGAAUAACCCAUAGGUUUGAGGCCUUUGCUGCUUCUGAAGAGCGCGCCACUCAAAAAGCCAGCAGCCAGCGAGUUGAAGUCAUCGUGCUUGUUUCUGAUGUUGUCCAGAGAAGAGUCAAUCAGGUUGUACAUAAUAGCCAAAACACCAGCAUUGUUACCCAUAUGGGGGCCAAACUUGGUAACCUGGUUCAAAACUGUGUUCAAUUUGAGCUUGAAAGGAACUGGCCUGAGCUGAUUUGUCACAGGGUCCACUCUUCCCUGUGGCAGAUUUUUCAGACCCUCAUUUAGUCCACGGAUACCUCCAAGACCCAGUCCUAGAACGUACACGGUACCCGUUCCGUAACAAAGAUCGUCGGUCCAUCCUCUAGAUGGCAACAACCCGUUGCCGGCUCCUUCCAAAGUGGUGAGUUUUUCCUCGUCCAGGUCUAGAUAUUCGAUAUCUUUGUCGAGACCGGCCAGAGGAUGCAGCUUGGUUGGAUCCAAAGUAUUACUCUUCAGAAUGCUAGAGAUGUCCGAAAUUUGGUUGGCAUCGAAUCCGGCCUGGCCAGCUGGAGCCACUGGCGUCUCUUUCUUCUCCUGCUUACUUCCAAACAGCCACGACAUGGUUUUUGUAUCGUAAAUAGUGACUCAAUAAGCUGUGGCAAACACUCG